GAAACGUACAGAUAUUAUUGUCGUUGAUUAACAGUUGUCUAAACACAAUAAUUCUGUGGAGAUGUUGGCUGUGGAUAAUUCUGAUGGAAGAUACUUUUAUUCCACAGAUCACUGUCAAUGUACCCACUCGAUGCGUGCAAAAAAUUUAACAAACAAAACUUUAAUACAGUCAAAGAAAUCAUUUAUCAUUUUGAUUGUGUUGAUUUUCGAAUUAAUAUUUGUUGACCAUGCUUCAGCAGUGAGCAGUUCUAGUUAUUUCGAAAUUGGUCCAGUGUUCAAAAAUAUAUUAACUACUAGUGAGACAGAAAAUAUCGAUGAUGAAAAUAACAUGUCGAAUUAUUCAUCAGAAGAUUUUAGAUUACCACACACAUUGUUUCCACAUUUCUACGAUUUGUCAAUUCAAGUCCAUUUGCAUGAUAACAAGUCACAAGCAUUUUUCUUUAAUGGAUCUGUGACAGUAAAAGUUUUCUGUAAUGUAUCGACAACCGAAAUCUUCGUCCAUGCAUACAAAACUCUGGAUGUGAAAUUGGAUAAAAUCCAAAUGGUUCCUCUUCAUGAACGAAAUCAAACAAGUUCUAUUAUUGAAAUAGAAGACAUAAAUUAUUUUGAUGAUGCUGAGUGUUAUCGAAUAAAACUCAAAAUGCCUUUGCGACCAAACACUUAUUACAACCUGACAUUUGGACAGUUUUGUUCUGAUCUAAACUAUGUUUCUGAAGGACUGUAUCUUAGCAGAUAUUUGGAAAAUGGAGUUUACGAAUAUUUGGCAAGUACUCAAUUGGAAGCAAACUAUGCUAGGCGUGUAUUUCCAUGUUGGGAUGAGCCGGAAUUUAAAGCGAAAUUCAAGGUCAAUAUUAUACGUCACAAAAGUUUCCAUUCGCUUUCGAACAUGAAUUUGGAAAGUACGAAAGUGUUGUACGACAACUGGCGUCUCGAUACAUACAACACUAGUGUGAAAAUGUCCACAUAUUUGUUGGCAAUUGUAGUUUCCCGUUUUUCAAAUAUUCAGAGGACAGACAAUAGAGGAAGAAACUUUACUGUUUGGGCAAGACCAGAAAAAAUUCGAUCAGCCGAAUACGCACUUGAUGUUGGCAUAAAAUUAUUGGAAAACUUCGAAGAUUAUUUUGGUAUCCCCUAUUCACUUCAUAAAAUGGAUAUGAUCGCGAUUCCUAACUCUUCAAUAACGGCAAUGGAAAACUGGGGUUUGAUAACUUUUAGAGAAAAUUUAAUGUUAUGGAAUCCAGAAAACGGUUCAAUAGCCUCCCCAAUUGAUGUGGCUUCCACUGUUUCACAUGAACUUUCUCAUCAGUGGUUCGGAAACAUAGUGACAAUGAAAUGGUGGGAUAAUUUGUGGUUGAACGAAGGUUUCGCAACGUAUAUGGAAUACAUUGGAGUACAGUCAUUACAUCCUGAGUGGAAAGUAGAUGAACUAUUCAUAUUGGACGAAUUAAUUCAUGUACUUCGUAGUGAUACUUCGAAGAAAUCAAGACCAGUUAUUUUUCCAGCUAAUACUACGACACAAAUUGAAAGAAUGUUUGAUUUAAUCACCUACAGUAAGGGUGCCUCAUUGAUUUGGAUGAUGGAGAAAUUCAUGGGCCGUAGUGCCUUUCAAAACGGCUUAAAAAAAUAUUUAAUUCAAAAUCAAUAUAAGAACACAAAUGAAAAGGAUUUAUGGAAAGCAUUAUCUAACGAAUGGAAUGCUCAAGGAAAUCAUUUAGACAUUGAAUUCAUUAUGGAUUCUUGGACUAAACAAAUGAAUUAUCCACUAGUAAUUGUAAGAAGAUAUGGGUCAAACAUGUUCUGUUUUGAGCAGACACGUUACCUUAAAAACUGUGAUAACAAUUCACUACCAGAGAAACAUGAAUACUCCUGGAUAAUACCAAUUACUUAUGGGUCAGCGAAAACGGUGAACUGGACAGAUGCUGAUAUUUUGUGGAUGGUGAACAAGACAAUGAAUCAAACAAUGAACAUAAGUUCAGACGACUGGUAUUUGUUGAAUGUAAGACAAGAAGGAUUAUAUCGAGUUCAUUAUGCCGACAAUAAUUGGAAAUUAUUAGUCAAUCAAUUGCAACGGAACUUCAUGGCUAUUCCAGUUUACUCACGCACACAAAUCUUGAAUGAUUUAUUCAGCCUUGCAAAUCAUCAUAUCGUACAGUAUACUCUUUUCCUGAACGCGACAAAGUAUUUGAAUCGUGAAAAUCAGUUUAUUGUAUGGAUAACAAGCAGCCGAGCGUUUCGAUACAUUAACAGCAUGCUUGUUUUGAAUGAGAAUUAUGACGUUUAUCAAGCAUAUUUGCGAACCCUCCUUGAUAAUCAAAUUCGAUCAGUGAAUUGGUCAUUUGUUAGUGAAGUUCAACAUCCUCUAAAGAUGCGUUCAUACUAUGCCGUGAUCAAGCUCGCUUGUAUAGCUGAACAUCAUCUUUGUGUGAACAAAACUACGGAACUCUUCAAACAAUGGAUGUCGGAGCCCAAAACAAACCCAAUACGACCUGAUUUGAGACUCAUUACUUAUUGUACAGCUAUUCGUUUUGGUGGUCAAAAAGAAUGGAAAUUUUUAAAAAGUCAGCUGAUGUUAAAUGAUUCUGUGAACGAGGAAGAGAAUGAAAAGAAAGUGCUGGCGUUGGCGUGUUCUCGUGAUGUAGGGAUUAUGAAAAAGCAUUUAAAUUGGGUAAGAGAGAACAAGGAAUUUUGGGACACGCUUUACUAUUUUGCGCAAUCUCCAGUCGGUAACCGACUUUUAUGGGACUACCUGAGUGAUAUAGAUAAUUUUGUUGAACAAAAAGACUUCACGAAAGCAAUACUAAACACACUAAUUGAAUAUCGUUACUUAGUGUAUGAUAGAACGAAUUAUGAAAAGGUUAGUAGAGGGCUUAUUUUUUCCCAUUAGUUUACACAUAUUACUUCGUUUCGUCCCACAUUCUCACAUACUAUUAUUCUGCAAUUUAGUUUUCCAAAUGUGAUAAUUUAGACAAAUCUGAUGAUGUUCGGAAGCACACACUCCAUUAUUCAUAAACAUUUUCAAUGAAGUUAAACUAAAUAAAAGGAAAACAAUAAUGUUGAGUUAUUGAAUGUGGUUUGUAGGAUGCUCUAAAUCUAAAUUUUGUGUUAGAUGGAAUUCGUCAACUAUGCAUUUCUGCAAUCUGCAGUCCGAGAUAUCACCACCGAAUAAUGUGAACUCUUACACUAAGUGAAAAUCAACACGAUGUGGAGCUUCUCAGACCAGUGACUACACUUUAGUAUGUUGCUGAAAAUUCUAUCAGUAGUAAGAACCAGAUAACAAGAAUCUUAUAACUAUUCAACUCCUAAUUAGUGGUAAUUCUUCUAUGUAUAUCGUAGAUCGAGACUGAUACAUUUCGAUUGUUCAGUACUCGUUUCUCGCUUCAUUUCAAUAUUGAAUCCUGAUAGUCAAUCAUACGAUUAUCAAGUGAACGUUUCAUAACCUAACUCAACAAUUAUACAAUUUCUCAUUUUUCAUAUACCCUGUAUUUAAAUAAACAGUCAGUCAUGAAAAAUGGCUGCAAAUAUUCUCCAGAAACACAUAAGAUGUUGUUUUUAAUUAUUUUUUUCAUUUUAUGGCGAAAAUACCUUAAAGAAUCCUUUCCAUAUUACAACUGUAAUUUUAAUCUGUAAACGUUCUUUAGUGAUUCUAAAGUAUGAAGGAAUAUGUAAAGAAUCUAAAUAAAAUUUCCGAAGUGUCUGUGAAAAUGUUUUGAAAUAAACCAAAUACUCAGUAUUUUUCUAUAUAACCGAUUAACUACAACCAUUUUUCAUCUCAAAAUUAAACUGUACUGAAAUGUACAUAAAAUGACCUUUUUUAUCUUUACAGAUACUUGUAACAGAAGAUAGCGAUCAAAUAGACCCUGAACUUCAAAAGAAGAUUGAAAAAUUACUUCAGAAAACCAGAAAAAAAA